CCAUCGGGGCGGUCGGGAGCCAUGUUGGAACGGCAGGAGGCGGCGGCAGCGGCGGGGAUGCUGUGGUGGGGGCGGCAGAAGCCCGGACCGCACGCCAGAGGGGGUCUGACUGCGGAGUAGAUGGUGCCCAGAGGGCGGCGGCAGCGCCGAGCGACAGGACGAGGGGCGGAGGGCCGGGGCGGUGGCAGGGGCCCCGGAGGGGGCCCGAGCGGCGGGGCGGGCCCACAGCCCAAGCCGGGGCGGGGGCCAGCAGAGGCUGUACGGGGAGGCGGAAGGUGAUGGCGAGGAGGCCGCCGUGGUGGGGUCUCGGAGGACCGCCGACCUCGCUCCUCCCGUUCCUCCUCCUCUCUUUGUUCCCCCUCAGUUGGGGGGAUCAGGGGGGUGGUGGGGGCCGGGGCUGGGACCCCGGGGUAGCUGGUGCUACGGGACCUUGGACGCGGAGUGGCAACGGGGGCUUAGCUCUUUGUCCCGAGACGCCCAUGGUCCAAGAGGAUGGGGAGUCUGGCCUAGGAGUCCGGGGACCCGGCUUCGUGGGGCUCCGAGGGGGAAGGCAAAACAUCCGGAGCGGUCGAGGAACCCCCGAAGAGCCAGACGCAGUUCUGGGUGCAGAGCACAAGGCCCAAGCAUUGGCUAAUCAAAGGCGAGAGACAGGACAGACACCAGGGUCCCUGUUAUGUUGGCGCCCAAAGGUAUCCUGUGGUGGGAGGACAGGACCCAUGCAGAGAGACGACCCGCCAGAGGCUCUGUCUUCAGGGGUGCUGGGCCUGAGGGACAGUUCGCCCUUCCCUUUGGACCUUCUGGCUCGGACCCGUGGCCUUAGGCCAAUGUCAUUCCAGAAGAACGCUGGAAGAGGUGCCCGCAAAAGGGUGGGAAUCGCUCACCGCUGCGGGGAAUUGGGGGCACUGGAGCAUCGGGGUCAGAAAGAGAGAGCAGCGAUAUCCCGAGCGGAAAGGCCCCCCUCCCCGCCGGACUGCCUUCCACAAACUGCCCAGUCAGUCUCUGGCCGGGAUUCAGCACCGCGCACUGCACGGACAGCUCCCGCACCUGUUUCAGCACCGCGCGAAUCUCGGACAGCUCCCGAGCCGGCGCCCGAGCGCAUGCGCCCCGGCAGUCUCCACCACCGCCGCUUUCUCCCACAACGCCCUGGGCCGCGCCCCCCAGGGGUCAGGGCGCCGCCGGCAGCCUGGAGAAUCCCGACCCCGAGUCGGGCACGCCUCCGUCGCGCCGCAAACCGCCAUCCACAGUUUCCCCAAUACAACUACCAGGCGCAAGUUCCGGAGAACGAAGCGGCGGGCACCGCGGUGCUACGGGUGGUGGCGCAGGACCCCGACAGCGGCGAGGCUGGGCGCCUGGUCUAUUCGCUCGCAGCGCUCAUGAACAGCCGCUCGCUGGAGCUGUUCAGCAUCGACCCUCACACUGGGCUCAUCCGCACCGCGGCCGCGCUGGAUCGAGAGAGCAUGGAGCGUCACUAUCUGCGAGUUACGGCGCAGGACCACGGCUCCCCGCGCCUUUCGGCCACCACCAUGGUGGCUGUAACAGUGGCUGACCGUAACGACCAUGCACCGGUGUUUGAGCAAGCCCACUAUCGGGAGACACUUCGUGAGAACGUGGAGGAGGGCUACCCCAUCCUUCAGUUGCGUGCCACUGACGGCGACUCGCCUCCCAACGCCAACCUGCGCUACCGCUUUGUGGGACCUCCGGCAGCACGCAGUGCUGCUGCUGCCGCCUUCGAAAUCGACCCCCGCUCUGGUCUCAUCAGCACCAGUGGCAGCGUGGACCGUGAGCACAUGGAGAGUUACGAGCUGGUGGUGGAAGCCAGCGACCAGGGCCAGGAACCAGGGCCACGCUCGGCCACCGUACGUGUGCAUAUAACUGUGCUGGACGAGAACGACAAUGCCCCCCAGUUUAGUGAGAAGCGCUAUGUGGCUCAGGUGCGUGAGGAUGUGCGCCCUCACACGGUGGUGCUGCGCAUCACAGCCACCGACCGGGAUAAAGAUGCCAACGGACUGGUGCACUACAACAUCAUCAGCGGCAACAGCCGUGGCCACUUCGCCAUUGACAGCCUCACUGGUGAGAUCCAAGUUGUGGCACCUCUAGACUUUGAAGCCGAACGAGAAUAUGCCUUGCGCAUCCGCGCACAGGAUGCAGGUCGGCCACCACUGUCAAACAACACAGGCCUGGCCAGCAUCCAGGUGGUGGACAUCAAUGACCAUACACCUAUCUUUGUCAGCACCCCUUUCCAGGUCUCAGUACUGGAAAACGCACCUCUGGGCCACUCUGUCAUCCAUAUUCAGGCAGUGGAUGCCGACCACGGGGAGAAUGCAAGGUUGGAGUACUCCCUAACUGGUUUGGCACCUGACACACCCUUUGUGAUAAAUAGUGCCACGGGCUGGGUUUCUGUGAGCGGCCCCCUGGACCGUGAGUCUGUGGAGCAUUACUUUUUUGGUGUGGAGGCACGAGACCAUGGCUCGCCUCCACUCUCGGCCUCAGCCAGCGUCACAGUGACUGUGUUGGAUGUUAAUGACAACCGGCCUGAGUUCACUAUGAAGGAGUACCAUCUACGGCUAAAUGAAGAUGCAGCUGUGGGCACCAGUGUGGUCAGUGUGACUGCUGUAGACCGCGAUGCUAAUAGUGCCAUCAGCUACCAGAUCACAGGUGGCAACACCCGGAAUCGCUUUGCCAUCAGCACCCAAGGGGGCGUAGGCCAGGUCACACUGGCUCUGCCACUUGACUACAAGCAGGAACGCUACUUCAAGCUGGUGCUAACUGCGUCUGACCGUGCCCUUCAUGAUCACUGCUACGUGCACAUCAACAUCACAGACGCCAACACUCAUCGGCCUGUCUUUCAAAGUGCCCACUACUCAGUGAGUGUGAACGAGGAUCGGCCGGUGGGCAGCACUGUGGUGGUCAUCAGUGCCUCUGAUGAUGACGUGGGCGAGAAUGCUCGCAUAACCUAUCUCCUGGAAGACAACUUGCCCCAGUUCCGUAUUGAUGCAGACUCAGGGGCUAUUACACUCCAGGCUCCCUUGGACUAUGAGGAUCAGGUCACCUACACACUGGCCAUUACAGCUCGGGACAAUGGCAUCCCACAGAAGGCAGAUACUACUUACGUGGAGGUGAUGGUCAAUGAUGUGAAUGACAAUGCUCCGCAGUUUGUGGCCUCCCACUACCCAGGGCUGGUCUCUGAGGAUGCACCACCUUUCACCAGUGUCCUGCAGAUCUCUGCCACUGACCGUGAUGCUCAUGCCAAUGGCCGGGUCCAAUACACUUUCCAGAAUGGGGAAGACGGGGAUGGAGAUUUUACCAUUGAGCCUACCUCUGGCAUCGUCCGAACAGUCAGGAGGCUGGACCGCGAAGCGGUGCCAGUAUAUGAACUGACAGCCUAUGCAGUGGACCGAGGUGUGCCCCCGCUUCGCACUCCAGUCAGCAUCCAGGUGACAGUGCAGGAUGUAAAUGACAAUGCACCUGUCUUCCCCGCUGAGGAGUUUGAGGUGCGGGUGAAGGAGAACAGUGUCGUGGGAUCGGUGGUGGCCCAGAUCACUGCUGUGGACCCUGAUGAAGGGCCAAAUGCCCAUAUCAUGUACCAGAUUGUGGAGGGAAAUAUCCCUGAGCUGUUCCAAAUGGACAUCUUCUCUGGAGAGCUGACAGCUCUCAUUGACUUGGACUAUGAGGCUCGCCAGGAAUAUGUGAUUGUGGUGCAGGCCACAUCGGCCCCUCUGGUCAGCCGAGCCACUGUGCAUGUCCGCCUGGUUGACCAGAAUGACAACAGCCCUGUGCUAAAUAACUUCCAGAUCCUCUUCAACAAUUAUGUCUCCAACCGUUCCGAUACCUUCCCCUCAGGCAUCAUUGGACGCAUCCCUGCUUAUGACCCUGAUGUCUCUGACCGCCUCUUUUACUCUUUUGAGCGUGGCAAUGAGCUGCAGCUGCUGAUGGUCAACCAGACCAGUGGGGAACUUCGACUCAGCCGAAAGCUGGACAACAAUCGUCCACUGGUGGCUUCCAUGUUGGUGACUGUCACAGAUGGCCUGCACAGCGUGACCGCGCAGUGCGUGCUACGAGUGGUCAUCAUCACCGAGGAGCUGCUGGCCAACAGCCUUACCGUGCGCCUCGAAAAUAUGUGGCAGGAGCGCUUUCUGUCUCCACUGCUGGGCCACUUCCUCGAAGGUGUGGCUGCGGUGCUUGCCACACCAGCCGAAGACGUCUUCAUCUUCAACAUCCAGAACGACACAGACGUGGGGGGCACCGUGCUCAACGUGAGCUUCUCGGCCCUGGCCCCGCGCGGGGCCGGAGCGGGUGCGGCGGGGCCCUGGUUUAGUUCCGAGGAGCUGCAGGAGCAGCUGUACGUGAGGCGCGCUGCGCUCGCCGCCCGCUCGCUGCUCGAUGUGCUGCCCUUCGACGACAACGUGUGCCUCCGUGAGCCCUGUGAGAACUACAUGAAAUGCGUGUCUGUGCUUCGCUUUGACUCCUCCGCGCCCUUUUUGGCCUCGGCCUCCACGCUCUUCCGACCCAUCCAGCCCAUCGCUGGCUUGCGCUGCCGCUGUCCUCCUGGCUUCACUGGCGACUUCUGCGAGACGGAGCUCGACCUCUGCUACUCGAACCCUUGCCGCAACGGCGGUGCCUGCGCGCGGCGCGAGGGCGGCUACACUUGCGUCUGCCGCCCGCGCUUCACCGGGGAAGACUGCGAGUUGGACACGGAGGCUGGUCGCUGCGUGCCUGGUGUCUGCCGCAACGGGGGCACCUGCGCCGACGCGCCAGACGGCGGCUUCCGCUGCCAGUGUCCGGCGGGCGGCGCCUUCGAGGGCCCCCGAUGCGAGGUGGCGGCUCGCUCCUUCCCGCCCAGUUCCUUCGUCAUGUUUCGGGGCCUGCGACAGCGCUUCCACCUCACGCUGUCCCUCUCGUUCUCAACAGUGCAGCCAAGUGGGCUACUGUUUUACAAUGGUCGCCUGAAUGAGAAGCACGACUUCCUGGCCCUGGAGCUCGUGGCUGGGCAAGUGCGGCUCACAUAUUCCACGGGCGAGUCCAGCACGGUGGUCAGCCCUACGAUUCCAGGGGGCCUGAGUGAUGGGCAGUGGCACACAGUGCAUCUGAGAUACUACAACAAGCCCCGGACAGAUGCUCUGGGGGGUGUUCAGGGGCCCUCCAAGGACAAAGUGGCUGUGCUGAGCGUGGAUGACUGUGACGUAGCUGUGGCCCUGCAGUUUGGAGCAGAGAUUGGCAACUAUUCCUGUGCAGCUGCUGGUGUGCAGACAAGCUCCAAGAAGUCUCUGGACCUGACGGGCCCCCUGCUCCUGGGAGGUGUCCCCAACCUCCCCGAGAACUUCCCCGUGUCCCACAAGGACUUCAUCGGCUGUAUGCGGGACCUGCACAUUGAUGGCCGCAGAGUGGACAUGGCGGCCUUUGUGGCAAACAAUGGUACCACAGCAGGCUGCCAGGCCAAGCUGCGAUUUUGCGACUCAAGCCCUUGUAAGAACAGUGGGCUCUGCUCAGAACGCUGGGGUGGCUACAUCUGUGAUUGCCCCGUGGGCUUCGGAGGCCGAGACUGCCGGCUCACUAUGACCCAUCCUUACCAUUUCCGUGGCAACAGCACACUGAGCUGGGACUUUGAAAAUGAUGUGAUCAUGUCGGUACCGUGGUACCUGGGGCUGGCAUUCCGGACACGCGCAACACAGGGGUUACUGAUGCAAGUACAGGCUGGACCACACAGCACGCUCCUCUGUCAGCUGUAUCAAGGGCUGCUGUCUGUGACAGUGACCAGGGGCUUGGGCCAUGCUGCCCACCUCCUCCUGGACCAGGUGACUGUCAGUGAUGGUCGAUGGCAUGAUCUACGCCUGGAGUUGCAAGAGGAACCAGGUGGCCGGCGGGGUCACCAUGUCCUCAUGGUUUCAUUGGACUUUAGCCUCUUCCAGGACACCAUGGCAGUGGGGAAUGAACUGCAGGGCCUGAAGGUAAAGCGACUCCAUGUGGGAGGACUGCCCCCCAGCAGUGAGGAGGAGGUUCCUCAGGGUCUGGUCGGCUGUAUCCAGGGGGUAUGGCUCGGCUCCACGCCCUCAGGGUCACCAGCUCUCCUCCCUCCAAACCACCGAGUGAAUGUGGAGCCUGGAUGUGCUGUGACUAACGCCUGUGCGUCUGGGCCCUGCCCACCCCACUCAGACUGCCGAGACCUCUGGCAGACCUUCUCCUGCACCUGCUGGCCAGGUUACUAUGGCCCAGGCUGUGUGGAUGCCUGUCUGUUGAACCCAUGCCAGAAUCAGGGCUCAUGCCGGCACCUCCCUGGGGCUCCCCAUGGCUAUACCUGUGACUGUCCAGGUGGCUUUUUCGGGCACCACUGUGAGCACAGGAUGGACCAGCAGUGCCCUCGGGGCUGGUGGGGGAGCCCAACCUGUGGCCCCUGCAACUGUAAUGUGCACAAGGGCUUUGACCCCAACUGCAACAAGACCAACGGGCAGUGUCACUGUAAGGAGUUUCACUACCGACCCCGGGGCAGCGACUCAUGCCUUCCAUGUGACUGCUACCCCGUGGGCUCCACCUCGCGCUCCUGUGCACCCCACAGUGGGCAGUGUCCCUGUCGCCCAGGAGCCCUUGGCCGCCAGUGCAAUAGCUGUGACAGUCCUUUUGCAGAGGUGACAGCCAGCGGCUGCCGAGUGCUCUAUGAUGCAUGUCCCAAGUCCCUGAGAGCUGGUGUGUGGUGGCCCCAGACCAAAUUUGGUGUCUUGGCCACAGUGCCUUGUCCCCGGGGGGCGCUGGGUGCUGCUGUGCGACUGUGUGAUGAGGACCGAGGCUGGUUGGAGCCUGACCUCUUCAACUGCACUUCCCCUGCCUUCCGAGAACUCAGCCUGCUGCUGGAUGGCCUUGAGCUGAAUAAGACAACACUGGACACCAUGGAGGCCAAGAAACUGGCUCAGCGGCUGCGAGAAGUGACCGGCCACACUGACCAUUACUUCAGCCAAGAUGUCCGAGUCACUGCCCGCCUGCUGGCCCACCUCCUGGCCUUUGAGAGCCAUCAGCAGGGCUUUGGGCUGACAGCCACUCAGGAUGCCCACUUCAAUGAGAACCUGCUAUGGGCUGGCUCUGCAUUGCUUGCUCCGGAGACUGAGGACCUGUGGGCAGCACUGGGACAGCGGGCCCCCGGGGGCUCCCCAGGCAGUGCAGGGCUGGUACAGCAUCUGGAAGAGUAUGCAGCCACCCUCGCAAGGAAUAUGGAACUCACGUACCUGAAUCCUGUGGGGCUCGUGACACCCAAUAUCAUGCUCAGUAUUGACCGCAUGGAGCACCCCAGUCCGACCCGGGCGGCCCGCCGCUAUCCUCGCUACCACAGCAACCUCUUCCGGGGCCAGGAUGCCUGGGACCCUCAUACCCAUGUAUUGUUACCAUCCCAGUCCCCCCGGCCAUUCCAACCAGAAGUUCUUCCUUCCACCAGCAGCAGCACAGAAAAUGCAACAGCCUCGAAUGUGAUUCCCCCACCUGUCGCCCCGGAGCCUGAGGCCGAGCCCGGAAUCUCCAUCAUCAUCCUCCUUGUGUACCGCACUUUGGGGGAGUUGCUCCCUGCUCAGUUCCAGGCCGAGCGCCGGGGCGCCAGGUUGCCCCAGAACCCCGUCAUGAACUCCCCUGUGGUCAGCGUGGCCGUGUUCCAUGGUCGCAACUUCAUAAGGGGUCUCCUGGAGUCUCCGAUCAACCUUGAGUUCCGCCUGCUGCAGACAGCGAACCGGAGCAAGGCGAUCUGCGUGCAAUGGGACCCACCUGGCCCGGCAGAGCAGCGCGGCUUGUGGACAGCGAGGGACUGUGAACUGGUGCACAGGAACGGGUCGCACGCACGGUGUCGCUGCAGUCGGACUGGCACCUUUGGGGUCCUCAUGGAUGCCUCCCCCCGAGAGCGCCUGGAGGGGGACCUGGAGCUGCUGGCCGUGUUCACCCAUGUGGUCAUGGCAGUGUCUGUGGCCACACUGCUCCUGACCGCGACCGUCCUGCUGAGCCUGCGCAGCCUCAAGUCCAACGUGCGUGGCAUCCAUGCCAACGUGGCGGCGGCCCUGGGCGUAGCAGAGCUCUUCUUCCUGCUGGGGAUCCACAGGACCCACAACCAGCUGCUGUGUACUGCCGUCGCCAUCGUCCUGCACUACUUCUUCCUCAGCACGUUCGCGUGGCUCCUGGUGCAGGGGCUGCACCUCUACCGAAUGCAAGUGGAGCCCCGCAAUGUAGACCGUGGUGCCAUGCGCUUCUACCAUGCACUGGGCUGGGGCGUGCCUGCCGUGUUGCUGGGCCUUGCUGUUGGCCUGGACCCUGAGGGCUAUGGGAACCCUGAGUUCUGCUGGAUCUCUGUCCACGAACCCCUCAUCUGGAGCUUCGCGGGCCCUGUCAUCCUAGUCAUCAUGAUGAACGGGACCUUGUUUGUCCUCGCCGCCCGCACAUCUUGCUCCACGGCACAGCAGAGGGAGGCCAAGAAGACCUCCGUGCUGACCCUUCGCAGCUCCUUUCUCCUGCUUCUCCUGGUCAGUGCCUCCUGGCUCUUUGGCCUUCUGGCAGUCAACCACAGUGUCCUGGCCUUCCACUACCUCCAUGCUGGACUCUGUGGCCUCCAGGGCCUGGCAGUACUGCUGCUCUUCUGUGUCCUGAAUGCAGAUGCCCGGGCUGCCUGGACGCCAGCCUGUCUGAGCAGGAAGGCAGCGCCUGAGGAGGCGAGGCCAGCACCUGCGGCGGUGCCAGGAGCCUACAACAACACAGCCCUCUUCGAAGAGAGCGGCCUCAUACGGAUCACUCUGGGUGCCUCCACCGUCUCCUCAGUGAGCAGUGCCCGCUCUGGCCGCACCCAGGACCAGGACAGCCAGCGGGGCCGCAGCUACCUCAGGGACAAUGUCCUGGUUCGACAUGGCUCGGCUGCUGACCACACUGACCACAGCCUCCAGGCCCACACUGGCCCCACUGACCUGGAUGUGGCCAUGUUCCAUCGAGAUGCUGGUGCAGACUCCGACUCAGACAGUGACCUGUCCUUGGAGGAGGAAAGGAGUCUGUCCAUCCCAUCUUCAGAGAGUGAAGACAAUGGCCGGACACGGGGACGUUUCCAGCGUCCACUCCGCCGGGCAGCCCAGAGCGAGAGGCUCCUCACCCACCCCAAAGAUGUGGAUGGCAAUGACCUCUUAUCCUACUGGCCAGCGCUGGGGGAAUGUGAAGCAGCUCCCUGUGCCCUGCAGACCUGGGGCUCCGAGAGGCGCCUGGGGCUGGACACCAGCAAGGAUGCAGCCAACAACAACCAGCUGGAUCUGGCCCUGACCAGUGGAGACGAAACCUCCCUGGGCCGGGUCCAGCGACAGAGGAAAGGCAUCCUGAAGAACCGGCUGCAGUACCCAUUGGUUCCACAGACCCGAGGCAUCCCCGAGCUGUCCUGGUGCCGCGCAGCAACCUUGGGCCACCGUGCAGUGCCAGCUGCCUCCUAUGGCCGCAUUUAUGCUGGUGGAGGCACAGGCAGCCUUUCACAGCCAGCCAGCCGCUACUCCUCCCGAGAACAGCUGGACCUGCUCCUACGACGGCAGCUGAGCCGAGAGCGACUGGAGGAGGCUCCUGCCCCUGUUCUGCAUCCUCUGAGCAGGCCAGGUUCCCAGGAACGCCUUGAUGCCGCACCUGGCCGCCUGGAGCCCAGGGAUCGAGGCAGCACUCUGCCACGGAGGCAGCCACCUCGGGACUACCCUGGUGCCAUAGCUGGUCGCUUUGGGUCAAGGGAUGCGCUGGACCUAGGAGCACCCCGAGAGUGGAUGAGCACGCUGCCCCCGCCCCGUAGUUCCCGGGACCCUGACCUUCAGCCUCCACCUCUGCCCUUGAGUCCCCAACGGCAACUCUCAAGGGACCCCCUCUUGCCAUCCCGGCCCUUGGACUCUCUGUCCAGGAGAUCGAACUCACGGGAGCAGCUGGACCAGGUGCCUAGCCAGCACCCCUCACGGGAAGGCCUCGGGCCACCCCCACAGCUGCUCCGAGGCAGAGAGGACCCAGCUCCUGGCCCCAGCCAUGGCCCCUCUACAGAGCAGCUGGACAUUCUCUCUUCCAUUCUUGCCUCCUUCAACUCCUCAGCCCUCUCCUCCUCCGUGCAGUCCUCAAGUACGCCCUCGGGGCCCCAUACUACUGCCACGGCCUCUGCUCUUGGGCCCUCCACUCCACGCUCUGCCACCUCCCACAGCAUCUCAGAGCUAUCGCCAGACUCGGAAGUCCCCAGGAGUGAGGGUCACUCCUGA